AUGCUUACAGUUGAAACUCGACCCUUCUUCUGGCUCUCGAUCUUAAUUUCUAGGGAAAUGGCAAUGUUCAAGAAAUGGGGUGGCUCUGCCAGAGAAACAAUCCAUCUGGGUAAGGCUCAAAGUGUCAAGGAUGGUCCAAAGCCAAAGUGGCAACGGUUUUGGAGAAAAAUAAGUAGAGGCAAAAAGAAAAUAUUCAACAUGGCUCCUGUUACAUCGCAGGCUUCUUAUGAUCCAGAUGAAUACUCACAGAAUUUUGAUCAAGGAACAGAUUGGGAUGAGCCAGAAAUUCUUUCAAGGUCCUUUUCUGCUAGAUAUGCUGAUCCUUCAAGAAUUUUGCAGAAGAGUAGUACUUUUACAUAA